GCAGUAUAUCACAGAAGGAUAUCCCAGCAUUCUUGGGUAAAGCAAUUUGUAUAAGUAAUGGCAACAUGGCGUUAAAUCACUUGGUAUUGUUCACCGGUAAUAUAUUAUGGAUUGAAUGAGAGUUCGUUUCAGAAUGGAAUAAGGAUUAAACGUAUGAAAACCUGAAUGUUGAACCCGGUGGAGGAACAUCAAUGGCAUAUGCAUGUACCAGUACACCCGGUGUGUAUCCAAAUGCCAUUCACUGUUGACCUUCAAGCUGGAUAACUCAAUAUAAAACGUGGAAAGAUGACGAUCGAUUGAGUCAAUUACAAGUCUUCAAGUACGCAAAAUCACUGCACUGUACAUUUGUACACAUUGCUGAGGAAAGGUGCAAGUAUUAAACCGUUGGGACUCUAUUUGGAAGGUUUCAGUCUGGGCUUAGUGAGUUGUCUCAUGUAAACUGGCAUUGCCUCCAGGCAUGGUUUGGACAGGAAUAGAGAGGCUGACAUUUUUCUUACCAGGUUCCUCGCGACGACAAUAGAUCUACUAUCAAUGUGACAGAUAUUACACUGCAAGAACCGAGCAAAAUCCAAAAUGGAUGAAAACCUGUCAAGAGGCUACGUUCAGCUCAGCAAACAGAGGGCUAGUGUGUCCAGCAUUGGCGGCCAGUCUAGUGAGAGUGGGCAGUCCCCGUCCGGCCUCAAUGUACCCCACGACACCUGCAGCUGCAUCUACCUUGGUCUAAUUCUGGCCGGAGCUGGGUUCUUGCUGCCAUACAACAGCUUUAUCAUAGCGGUUGACUACUACCAAGAUCGUUUCCCCGACACAACAAUAGUAUUCGAUAUGAGCCUUACAUAUAUCUGUGUCGCGUUUGUAAGUGUGUGCAUUAACAAUGUACUGGUGGAACUGCUGAGUCUUCACACUAGGAUUACAGUGGGAUACGUAAUUUCGUUCUUGACAUUGUUAAGUGUGGCGUUAUUUGACGUGUGGUUUGAGCUGCUAACCAGGGACAGUGCCUACAGGGUCACAUUGGCGGCCGUGGGCACCGUGGCUCUGGGCUGCACUGUUCAACAAUCCAGUUUCUACGGCUAUACCAGUAUGCUGCCCAUGAGGUACACGCAGGCAGUUAUGACAGGGGAAAGCGCAGCAGGCCUUUUGGUGUCAGCAAACCGUAUUGUGACGAAAGCUCUUCUUAAUGAUGAAAAAGUCAACACCAUGAUCUUUUUCUGCAUCUCCGUUGUGACCGUAUUCGCGUGCUUUGUCAUCUUCAACCUAAUCCGCAGGACGGAAUUUGCGAGAUUCUACGAGAAUAUAUGUCGUACAGCUGGCAAACCAGACGAUAAAGUGGGAUUUUCCAACCAGACCGUGAUGCAAGAAGAGGUUGAAAUAGUGGACCAUACAACUAACCAAGGAAACUAUGGGGUUCUGGUCAUCGAGCAUGACGAUCAACCUAGACACGCUGUGUCGUCGUCAUCUUCACGUCAUAGUAUUGCUGAUGACGUCAGAAUCAAGUCUGAACCCUGGACAGUCAGGAGACCUACAACCAUAUGGGCCGCCAUCAAACACGGCGUGGUGCUGCGGAAACGUGCCUCCCGGACCACGUGGCCUUACAUGAUGUCCAUUGCAUUUGCGUACUUCGUGACGCUAUGCCUGUUCCCGGGCAUUGAGUCAGAGAUCCUGAGUUGUAGGUUGGGGAGCUGGAUGCCUGUAGUUCUGAUGGCCAUAUUCAAUGCCUCGGACUUCAUUGGCAAGAUCAUAGCGUCAUUGCCCUACGAUUGGCCCCCUCGUCGUCUCCUGGCUUGUUCUAUCCUCCGUGUGCUGUUAAUUCCGCUCAUGAUGAUGUGUGCCACGCCCCGCCUUGGACCAAUACUGAACGGUGAAGGGUGGGCCAUGCUGAUAUCAUUGAUUCUAGGGGUGACCAACGGUUACUUUGGCAGUGUCCCUAUGAUAUUAGCCUCCACCAAGGUGCCAGAUGAACAAAAGGAGCUUACAGGAAAUAUGAUGACGCUUACCUACAGCAUUGGUCUGACAACCGGAAGUGUCAUGGCGUACGGCUUGGACGAUUGGCUAGGACCUCGCCUUCCGCACGACCCCUGCCUGGUAAACAAUGCCACGCUAGUCGACCUACUCAACGGAACGAUAUCGAGUUCAUCGUUUGGAUAAAUGCACAUGAUACAAACGUAUAGGCUUUUCUAAUUUUUGUUUUCGAACAC